AUGGCUCCUAGAGACUCCUUGUACCUGCACAAGGAAACUAGACUGAACCUCGAGCCCUCAUCGCCCGCCCUCGUUGUCGACCUCAAGCUUGGGACCCAAAACGCCCGCCCCGCAAAGCGAGCCAAGAGCAGUGACGAGGACGGAGGACUCUUUCGCACCAGGAACUGUGCUACCUCGUCUUCAGUGUACCACAGAAGACACCAUGCCGAACCGAGGAGCUUCCUAUGGCGGAUCCUCGACGCGAACACCUUGCUGAGCAUUCGCUGCAUUGAUGUCUGCAAGACCAAGAAAGCCCCCGAUGCGAAUCUGGUCCUCAACCUCCGCUUCUCUUCCUCUAUCCGCCCUUCGUGUGUUGCUCUUUCCGAUCCUCGGGAUCACGAUGCGCUUAGCGUCUUCGUCGUCGACCAGUCCAACCAGCUACACACCAUCACCUUGAAGCCCGAGCAUUUCCGCAAGCGCUCAACCGCCGAGAUCUCGGAUGCUUGCAGGACACAGCCAAUUCAAGCUUUGGGGUUCAAGGUCGCACAUCGCCUGGUGGCUGCCGACGACAAUCUGCUCGUGGUGACUACCCACGAUGGUGGUAUUGUCCGGCUGGACAGGAACAAGAUCCACGACGCAUCACAUCAAACAUGGAAGGAGACACAGUAUGGCUCGAAAGGUUGGGGCCAGAGCUUCAGAGGCUUUCUGAAGGGCAGUCACUCAGUCAGACACAACAAUACUGACAUGGACUUGAACGCUGCUGCAUCAGUGGCUACCACCGACCUUGGCCAACACGAUGCCUCAUUUCUCCUUACCGUCUGCUUGGAUCAUCGCUUGAGGGUCUGGAACCUCCAGACUGGGCAAAUCCUCAAUACCCAAGACAUACUUGAGGCAGAACGCAAUCCGCAAGAAAUAGGCAAGUGGACCAUAGAUCCAUCACAGACCAACCUUGUCAAGGUCGUUGGCGCAACAGAAGGGAAACGCCUCUGUGUCACGUACUCUCCAAUAGGCGCCGGAGAAUUCAAGUUUUGGAAGUUAGAAGCCGACGCAAACGAAGGGGGCAUGACCAUCGACUCGUUCUUCAAGGGCUCACAGCUGGUACCGCCUCCACCUCCAGGCACUGAUGCUUGGACGUUGGUGGACUUCACCGUUGCGCAGGACGGUCCAACAGGUACGCAACUGUGGGUCCUGUGGAAAAACAACAUGACGUAUCGGGCACAGCAUGUAUCGUUCGCUCCCGAGGAAGUAGACGAAGCAUGGCGAGAUAGGUGGACUGGAGUAUACUAUGAUAACUCAAAUCCCACACCGCAGACGUCCAAUGCCUGCGACCCCACCGAUCCUACAGAAAAGUGGUUAGAGCUGAUAUUAUAUCCUGGUCGAUUUACAAACGCGACUCUUGAGACUGCUCUAACGAUAUAUGAGCAAGGCCUGGGUCUUGCAAAGGACUCUGCCGCCCGGACUAGCAAAGGUCUGGCUGAAGCUAUCUGCUCUGUCAUUGGUGCCACUUCUUCGUUAGAGCGGAGCUCUUCUGCUUCUGGUAGUAUGGACUACGAGGGCUUUCGGAGUGCAAGUGAAUUGCAGUGGCGCCGCUUCUAUCGGCUUCUUAUCGAGUUGGACAAACAGCGGGGUGAGGCAUUGUCAUUGUCGUAUGAACCCACGUCUGGCUUGUCGUGGGUGGUUUGUGCGGAUAGCUUGUCUUCGAUUAGGGAAUGCAGCCAGCUUGAGCAGAUCUGCCACAACCCAGCAGUGCGCCACGAGGGCCUGGAGGACUCCACCCUGCUGAUAUCUACCGCACUCAACUUUGUUGAUGUAUUUUCGGACAGUAUGCUGCAGAUCUGCAACGCCGUCUUGCGCUCAGAAUUGCUCGAGGACUCUGCGAAGACGGACGACGAGCGGAUUCAAUAUUUCUCCGACAAGGCCGCCUUUUGGCGACAAACUUCCGACGAGGAUUGCGCUCAAGUCACGGAUGCUUUAGGCCAGAAUUUUGCACUCGUGACUAUGGAGCUUUAUCAGAAAACUACGGACUUGAUGAAGGCAACGGAGGACUCGCAACGAGAACAUCGGUAUCCCUUGACCGAUUUUGGACGAAAAUUAGCCGUCAAGGCAAUCCAAGAACUUGUUGAGUUUCAAUGGAAUGUCUGCUUCAGCCAGCUCAUUCUUCUCGUCCAUAUGGAGUUUGAAUUUGAUAGUCCCGAGGACGCUCUCCACAAUAGAUUGGACAUCGGUACGGUCUACCGAUAUCUCAUCACAUGUCUACGAAGACUAGAGCUCAUUCGAUGGCUGGUCAAGACGCAGCUUCCUGUCCCAAUACAUAACGCAGAUAAGUCCGAGCCCGCUUCGCCUGCGAUCACAAAGCGCCAAACGGAAGAAACUCAGACAAUUACUGCAUUUGAAGGAUUGGCCGGAUACCUCCUGGGCACUGCCGAGGUCGAUGAUCUCCCGGCAGCGAUUACAGGGAUUGCCUCUAACCUGCUGGCAGAGAACAGUGACACAUCGCUGCUUCCCCAGUAUUUCCAGUGCGCGUUCUUGGUUCAAAACAGACCCGAUCUAGCCGCCGAGUUAAGCCCAUUCUCGGAACAAGAUCCUUUCUCCACAUAUGUUCAAGGACGUGUAUAUCUCAGUCUGAAAGAUUUCGCCAAUGCAGCCAUGUAUUUCAGGAAGGCAGCAUUUGGUCUGAGCCGUCCCGUCAAGAACCCUGAUAGGCACAGCAGUGGUCUCCUCAAUGAUGUUGAAUGGAGGCUGUUCUACGCCGGCAUGCCGCAGUAUUACGCCCACAUCGUCUCACUUUUUGAGAAGCAGAGGGCACACUCGUACGUGGUGGAGUUCGCGGGAAUCGCCCUACAAUUUAUAAACCAUACAACCAAAGACGCUGCUGCAAUACGGACAGAGAUGCAAAGUCGUCUGUUCAGUGGUGCGGUCAGCAUCUCCGACUUCAGGCUUGCGCACACAACGCUAGUGGCUAUGAUGGACCACGCCCUGCAGCGUUCGUUGCUCAGGACACUCAUUGAGAAGAUGUGUGAUGGUCUGCACAACUCGGAGCUUGUCGAGCUGCCAUUCCCGAAUCUCGAGAACGCCGUCGACGAUAUUCUCGCCCAGCGUUGUCGAGAUACAGUCGACGUCAUGACCGACAAGCCCUGGCAUCAGAUCCUCUACUCAUGGCGCAUCAAGCGCAACGACUACCGCGGAGCAGCGGCUAUUCUGCUUGACCGUAUACACAAACUUCGUUCGCGAGCCGACGCAGACGACGUCGUUGGGGAGGAUGUCUUGGACACUGUCAUCACGAGGCAGUACCUAAUGCUGAUCAACACGUUGAGCUGCGUAGACGAGAAGCAAGCCUGGAUCACGACCGAAGCGUCGUCGGAUGGCGAGACCAACGGUGCAUCGCGAUCGUUUGGGGGACCGGGAAAGAGGAAGGUUGUUACACUGGCAGAUAUCAGACGUCAAUACCAGGACGAGCUCGACCGGAUCUCUGCCAUUAGCGGCGACCAGUGGCCGCUCGUACCUGCAGAUGGCGAGGAGAUGGACCUGGAAGCUUGA